AUGAUGACCUUUGCUCCCUACGUGGGCGAGGGUACAGAUCUGAGGGUGGGCUGGGGUGGAAAGAGGAUGCGCAGGGAGAGCCAGGCUCGGGUUGCGGGCGGGCGAUGCACCUACGCCGAGUCAAGUGCACGGCCGCUGCGCCAGUCCUGCCGACAUGCGCUCAACACCCGGUCAAUACCCGAUUGCAAUCCUUGCAACUUGAUAUAUCUAUAG